AAAAAGUUCAUAAAUAUUACUAAUUUGUUAAGUCGAAGUUACGAGUUUUUAGGAAAUGACUGAUAAAAAUCUAAUACUGUUCUUAGCGGAAACUUUACCUGAAAGUAGUGAUGAUAGUGAUUCUAGUAGUUGGAGCGAUGUGUGCGGCAAGGAAAUCAUGGAAUCUGAAUUUUCGGAAGACGAUGAUGAAGAUGAUAGAUUAUUUUUUCCCCUUAUGCAAUAUUUAAUACGAUUAAGACGAAAGCGUGUUGAUGACUACCUACAUAUUGUUGAUUCUUGGUCAGAUACAGAAUUCAAAAAUCGUUUAAGAAUAUCAAGAAAAACAGCUUAUCGGCUUAUUGAUGAUUUAGAAAAAUCAGGAUUUAUUGCAUCACACAAAUUUGGCAUGAAACCAUUGGAACCUAAACUUUGUUUUUAUAUAUUCUUAUCUUUUAUUGCUAGUGCAGAGCCACUUACACCCAUAGCAUCAAGAUUUGAUAUUUCAAUAUCAUCAACUUUUCGUGUGAUAAGAAGAGUAGUAGCGUGGGUUCUUAGUAAAUUGAAUGAAGCUAUAAAAUGGCCACAAGACUACAGUGAUGUUAAAUUUAUUUGUGAUAAUUUUCAAGCUGAAACUGGAAUAUGCAAUAUCCUUGGAGUUAUAGACUGUAGUCAUAUAAAAAUUGAAAAACCAAAAAAUGCAAGGGAUUAUUGUAACCCAAAGGGAUAUUUUUCUAUUAUCUUGCAAGCUACAGUAGAUGCCAAUUUGAGAUUUACAAAUAUUUACUGUGGAGAACCAGGUUCAUCGAAUUCUGCCAGAGUUUUAAAGAAAUCGCCGAUAUAUCAUACAGCUAUACAAAACAAAAAUGCUCUUUUUCCCAAUGAUACGUUUUUGGUUGGACAUUCUGGAUACCCAUCCUUGCCGUGGCUUGUCCCUCCAUUUAGAGAAAACAAAAGAUUGACUAAAGAACAAAGAGAUUUUAAUGCACUACAUGCUGUUACCCGAAAAUUAAGCGAUAAGGCUUUCAAUUCUUUAAAAAACAGAUUCAAAAGAGUGAAACUGUUUACAGGGUAUAGAAAUAUUGCUUUUAUCACAGAUACAACUGUAGCUGCCUGCAUAUUACAUAAUUAUUGUCUUAAUGAAAAUGAUCACCUAGAAGAUAUAUAAUAGCUCACAAGGAAAUUUAUGUGAAAAUUAACUUAAAUAUUUGAUUUACUACUAAUCAAAUCUAUAGUUGGCCUAGGAAAUAUGUAUGUUUAUAUUUAUAUAAUAAUUAUACAAUAUAUUCAAAUAUUUAAUCAUA